CAUAAACAGGUCUCCAUGGAAGUUCUUAAUGAAACCAAAGUAACAGAAUUCAUAUUUACUGGGCUGGCAGAUAAUCCUACAGAAGGUUCUGUCCUCUUUGCAUUGUUUCUACUGGUUUAUUUGAUAACAAUCCUGGGGAACAGCGGCAUGGUGGUCAUGGUUUAUAACACUCCUCAUCUUCACUCUCCCAUGUACUACUUCCUUGCUUCUCUCUCCAUGGUGGACCUCUGCUACUCCUCAGUCAUUACCCCUAAAAUGUUGACUGACCUUGUGUCCAGAAUAAAACAUAUUUCAUUCACUGGUUGCGCUCUUCAGUUCUUCUUCUUCGCAGCCUUGGCUGUCACUGAGUCUCUUCUUCUCUCUUCCAUGUCAUAUGAUAGAUAUGUUGCGAUAUGUCACCCUCUACACUAUCCCUUAAUCAUGACAAAGAAGAAGUGCGCUGGGCUAUGUUUUGCUGCCUCUGCUUUUGGAUUCUCUCAGUCAUCAGCACAAACAGGUUGUAUUUUCAGUCUAAGGUUUUGCAGAUUCAACCAAAUAGACCAUUUUUAUUGUGAUGUCCCUCCCUUGCUGAAGAUCUCCUGUUCCAAAACGUUUCCUUGUGAACUGGUGACCAUUGUGUUUUUCUGCUGUUUCGGCAUGGGGUCACUGACGACAAUUCUUGUUUCUUACACGUUGAUUGUUUCUUCCAUCCUAAGGAUAAAGUCUGCUGCAGGAAGAAGCAAGGCAUUUAGCACUUGUUCUUCUCACUUUAUUUGUGUUUGUGUCUUCUACUGGACAGCCUUGUUCAUUUACUUAAGGCUACCUUUCAGUAAUGUCGAUAAACAAGAUAAAGUGCUGUCUGUCUUCUACACAGUAGUAAUUCCGAUGCUUAAUCCCCUCAUAUAUAGUCUAAGGAACCAAGAAGUGAAGAGGGUCCUUCUACACAUCCAUUGCAAAAUCUAG